AUUGCUGUUUUCCCCCCAGAUCGGCAUGAUAAUAUCCUGAAGGAGGGAAAGCAGGGUGCGUGGGGGUCUCUGAGCCCAGGGUACAGAAAGGUAAGUGGUCAGAUCCAGUUGUGGCAGUUCCUCCUGGAGCUGUUGUCGGACAGCGCCAACGUGAACUGCAUCGCCUGGGAAGGCACUAACGGAGAGUUCAAGCUGACCGACCCUGACGAGGUGGCGCGGCGCUGGGGGGAGCGCAAGAGCAAGCCCAACAUGAACUACGACAAGCUGAGCCGGGCCCUGCGUUACUACUAUGACAAGAACAUCAUGACCAAGAUCCACGGCAAGCGCUACGCCUACAAGUUCGACUUCCACGGCCUGGCGCAGGUGUGCCAGCCCUCCGCCGCCGAGCACGCCCUCUACAAGUUCCAGACCAACCUGGCCCACAUCCCCUUCUCCGACAUCCCCAAACUCAACCUGGUCACCUCCAACGUCUCGCCCUCCGGCUUCUCCUACUGGUCGGGGUCUGCCCCGGCUAUGUACCCGGGUCACGGGCUACAGACCCCCUCCCACUUCAGCCCCGUGGGUGGGGGGCACCUGGGCACCAUUGGGAACAUCGCUGGCAUCAACAACAUCAAUGGACACUAUCACUGAAUGGGUGUGAUCUUGCCACGGA